UUGUUUCGCAAGAGAGGAUAUUCGUUUCAUCAGCUGCUGAAUAUCAGUGUGAGUAUUGCACGUGUUUUUAGUUUGAAAGAAAAUGUGAACUACAUAUAAUUUGCACCCAGCAUGUUCACAAUGGCACAGACUAACAAUAUAUGAACACAUAAUCUUUUUUAAGAUAACAUGUAAAAAUGUUUUUCACCAUAGUUUCUAGGUCUUUCUUCUUUUGUGCAUUAAUGAAUUUUAAUUUUUUUGCUUGUUCUAGAAAAGUACUUGUUCUUUUCUUUUCCUUAGGCUGCAGUCUCUCAAGAUUUAGAAAUAUCAAGAGGUAAGACUGCAUCUUUUACCAGGAAACAAAUUAUUUCCUGUUGCACACCACUCGCGUAUUUCCUUUAUCGUUCCAGAGCACCAGUAUGUAUUCACGACCCUGAAUAGCAGAGGAUCAACUGGCCCAACGAGUACAUCCGGGUAUAUAGGAACUCUACUGGAAGGCAAAGUCAAUUUGAGUAAUGGUAUCCAAAUAUGGAGUGUUCCCGUGACCGGAAACUACGUCAUCGAAGUGUCUGGUGCCUCCGGCGCUAAUGGAACAGAUGUCAAUGAGAGUUCAUGGAGGAUCGGUGGUUUAGGGGCCAGACUGAGAGGAUAUUUGAAGUUUCACAAAGGAAGUCAGCUUAAAAUCCUCGUGGGUCAGGAAGGUGAUCGUACCACAGACUUCGCAGAAAGGCCAGGGGGUGGAGGUGGGGGAAGUUUUGUGACUUAUUUAAAUGACACUCCUCUGAUAAUUGCCGGCGGGGGAGGGGGGGGGGGAACACCAAUUGAGCAGUACAAAGACGGUGAGCCUGGCCAAGCGACGGAGAAAGGUACCAGGUGUGGCGGGACGGGAGGGACUGGUGGACGGCCGUGUAAUGUCUUAUCAGGAGGGGGAGCUGGGCUUAAUGGUAAUGGGAGCGGGGGAGGCGUCGUGAAACCGUCUUUGAGUUUUAUUAACGGUGGAACUGGGGGAAGCAGUCCAACAUCCAUUGGAGGAUUCGGCGGGGGAGGUUGUGGAGUUAAGAGUGGUGGUGGUGGGGGUGGUGGGAGGGGUAUUCUGGAGGGGGUAUAAUAUCGGUGCGAAUAAACAAAACCAGGCGGUGUUAACAAGGGGAAUGGGGGGGAAAAUUGGGGAUCGUCAUAUAAUAUCGGUGCGAAUAAACAAAACCUAACAUUUGUUAUAACUUGGAUUGUUUUUUUCUCCUCACUGAUAACGGUUUCCGUAGUAUGUAUUAGAACAUCCAAGAUUAAUGGCUUAUACACAGACGGCCUUGUGUUAGAAAUUACCGUCGCUUUAAGGUACCGUAUCUGUUAAUGGAGAAGGCAUGGUAUUGGAAUAAGUCCUUGUAAUUAUUAAUACGGCAUAAAUAUCGUGUCAGGGAUGUAAUUUUAUGUGAGUCAGUUUGAAAUGAAGGUAUUAUUGUAAAAAUGUUUUACUGCACAGUAAAAUGUUCUUUGAAAAUAAAUAGAAAAUAAAACACACAGUAUUUUGAUGUGGAACAGUUGAGUUAUUGAUGAGUUGGCGGACUACCUUCGCUAAGAAUUUAAAGGUAUCCCUGCUGUAAACCGAGUGAUCAAUUGAGUAUAGAGAACAAAAUUGGAAUCAGUGAUGGUAUUUUUUAAGGUUAAAUCCAGGACCAUCGAGGUUUUCAAUGUUUGAAGUCGUAGUAAUCCAAAAACUCUACGACCGGGUCAAGUUCACUAGUUUCGCUCCAAACUUUCUUCCCUCAGUUACAUUUAUCAAAUGGGAAACUUUCUUAGCGUAAAUUUUUCAAUUUUUUGUUGUGUUAAUUUUACUUUUCACAAAGGGCUGUAAGCGGUCCUCUUGUAAUUCUAAACAAACAAGAAAAAUUCACCUAGUAAUUAAAAAAUACCUGUCAGUAGAUGGAUCAACGAUCCUGUCAAAACCCUAAUUAAAUUUUAGCCAUGCAGCUUCGGGACAUUUGCAAAUUAUGACAGCUGCCCCGCUUAUAUGAAUAUUAAGCUGCUAAUAACAAGUACUGUUCGCUUCUUUAAUACAAAUAAAAGCUUCUUCCAUCCGAACAUCAAACCACUUAAAAGUAAACAAACCAGUCUUAUUCUUUCUAAUUAGCUUAAAAUUUCUUUUCCAUAGAACUAAUACCUUAUAAAGAGGCUUACAGCCCACCCCCUCAGUCCAUGAAUACACUUUUCCUUCUGCUGUUUAUCUUUGUUACCAACUACCAUCUAAAAGUGAGUUGAGUUUUGUAGUUUGAUGAGAGAUUGCACCCAAAGGUUUUCUGUAAGAAAGACUCGAAAACGUUCAAGAAAUCAUAUUUUACUAUUUUGGCCUGACUUUAAAUACUCAGCUACUUUGCAAAAAGAAAAAAAAAAGAAUGAAUGAAAAACUAUCAUUCAUCAGUACCGAUUAAAGAAGAUUAUUAUGGCAUAAAUAUGACAGAUAGCCAGUUAUUUAAUUAGCCAAAAAAAUUGGAGUCAAGAACAACCUCAAACUUAACUGAGCAAUAAGCAAAAUAUUGUAUCGGCCUGGACUGACCAUUAACGAGAAAGGAGAAAAAUACUUAGAUGCGAAAUAGUGACAAUGUGGUCAAGUAGGUGGGUUACCCUCCCUGUGACUUUUAAGGUAGAACGUGCAGAGAGUAAUGUCAUUCAAUGUUUAUUUAAAAAGGUGUAAGUUAUGUACCUGUCGUCACGUAUGCCAAAUUAAAAAAAUUAAAACACGUUAAGAGAGGCUGUUCCCUUGUUUCAAGUUAAAAGUUGCAUAACACAGGCAUCAGUUGGUUUACUAUUGCUACCUCGAAGAGUGGAAGGUAAUUUGGGCCACAAAACUGAAGGCAAGGUAAGCGUUUGUAAAAAACUUUUCAGUCCUAUCUCUGGCUAUUCUUUUAGUGGAAGCAAUGGUGUUCAGGUACUCCCUUAAGUUGCAAGCUAAAGAUCGACGUUUUUUUCUCGAUUACAUGAGGGAUUUCAACGCUAAAUCAAAAGACAAUUCGUUUCACAUCUGAACGAAACAGUAGCUUGAUCUAUGCGCGCCUGUUUGAUCUAUAUUAAUCAGUUCCUUGUAAAAACUCGUCCAAACAUAAGUAUAUUUCUGCAAUUAAAACGAAAACAGCGGAGGGCAUUAAGUUUAAAGCUUAUCUGUGAAUUUUCAGAUUUUGCGGAAAACAGAAGAAAAGGUUCCCUAAUAAGGAAAUGUAAUCCAUUUUUCUAGGUUGUAUUUAGCAAAGUUUAUUGGUUUGUUAAAAACAAUCGCACAGCCUAGAGAAAAUUUGAACAGUGCGCCCUAAAAGCAAUAGGCGCCAGGGGUUUUAAAAAAAGCCAAAUAAAUUAGUUGAUUGAUAUAUACACAGCGACAACGCUUUUCCAGUAGUAUGCAGUUAUUAAUAACCAUUACCUUCCUUUUCUACUCAGUUUUUCGUCCAUAAAAUUUUUCGAAAAGGGAGGCACGUUUCACGAGACUUCAUUCUUGCGAAUUUGGCAGGCAGACUUCGUCAAAGAGAACCAAAUGAUGCCAAGGGGGGGAACCCGAUUUUCAAUCUGGGUUCAAUUUGUAUAGACGACUUCUCUUACUUCAGCUUUUAACAGGUGCAAACAUGAGCGUCCUCGUUGUACCAUUGACCUUCACGACUGCAGUACUGAGUUCACCAUCAGCUAAAAAGGGCCACUCAACUUUCAUUCAAACUGAGGAAGGUUAUUACCUAACCGGUCAUGUCAUAGAUCGUCAGAAGGCGUCCAGUGCUUUAUCCUGCGUUCAUCUCUGCUUGAGAAGCCGUCCACUAUGCCGCUCAGUAAAUUAUGGGGAAAUAGAAGGAAACAUGAUUUGUGAAUUGAACGAUGACGGAACAGACCGUGCAAAGGUUAAUGCGCCGUCCCUUGUACCAAUGCCUGGAUAUGUCUUUGGCCAGAUGCUUGAUCUUACGGUCAGUAAAACCUGCAGUUAAAGCAAACUCUUCCUCGGAAUUUUGCCUUCGACCGAAAAUAAACAAGUCCACCAAGUUAGCUGCCACAGACAGCUUCUCCAGCUUUUUUAUGCCUUAAAACAAGGCAUAGUUGGCAAAAUAGAAUGAUUUUAAGCUCGAAUUUCUCUCUUUUUAGGGUCAAAGGAUGAAUGAAUCUUUUGGGGAGCCAGCAAACUCAGGUAACAUGCCACUGCUAAGAUUACUAGGCAGCUCAAUUAGGAGGCCUUGAAAGAUUAAAUUUGAUUCAAAGACAUCUUGGCAAACAAAUUAUUCCCACUGAGAGAGAACAUAUUGUUUUAGAGAUCAGUAAAGUUCUGACUAUUUUAAGAAAUGUACCUGCCCGAGAUGAUUUUUGCGCAUUAGAGUUCCAUAAACAUUAGCUAGCCUUUAAUUCACACAUUUCUCAGGCAAAACCUUUGUUUUCUCAACACUGGGAGCCAGAGGAGAAACUGGGCCGACUAACACAUUGGGGUAUGUAGGAACACCGUUAGAAGGCCGUGUCACUGUAAGCGAUGGCAUCCAAAUUUGGAGUGUUCCCGAGACCGGAAGCUACGUCAUCGAAGUAUUUGGUGCUUCUGGCGCUAAUGGAACAUAUGACGAGGAUAAAAGUUCAUGGAGGACCGGUGGUUUAGGAGCCAGAAUGACAGGAACCUUUCAGCUUCAGAAAGGAACUCAGCUUAAAAUACUAGUAGGGCAGGAGGGUAAUCGUACUACGGACCCUUACCUUCGUGAAAGGCCAGGGGGUGGGGGCGGGGGCAGUUUUGUGACUUUCCCUGACGACACUCCACUGAUAAUUGCUGGUGGAGGAGGGGGUGGGGGAAUACCGAGGGAACAAUUUAAAAACGGCGAUCCGGGUCAGUCAACAGAGAAUGGUGGCAGGUGUGGAGGGGCAGGAGGGUAUGGUGGAAAUCUCUGUAAUGCUGACACAGGAAUGGUUGAUCUCCAGAUCCCUGGGGGAGGAGGAGCAGGACUGUUAGGGAACGGAGGGGGAAAACGGGGCUUUUCAAUACGUUUCAUCCACGGUGGAACUGGAGGGAAAUGCCCGGUUUCCCAAGGGGGAUUCGGUGGGGGAGGUUAUGCUUUAAAGGCUGGGGGUGGAGGGGGCGGGUACUCCGGGGGGGGAGUUUUAAGUAGCCCCAACAUUAGGGUGGCAGGGGGAGGGGGUUCGUAUAAUAGCGGCAAAAAUCAACAGAACAUGGCGGGUGUCAACAAAGGUGACGGUAAAGUGAUCAUUACAUUACAGAAUUGA